AUGGGAGCAGGGCAGUCGCUUGACCAGCGGGCGGCGUUAGCCGCGGGUGAAAAGGCCAAGGGCGGGGCUUACCGCGUGAUGAAGAUUCAGCGCGGCAGUCCGGCCGAGGCCGCCGGUCUCGAGAUCUUCUUUGAUUUCAUCACGCAAAUCGACGACGUCCCUCUCACCUCGCCGACAGAAGAGACGCUCCAGGCCUUCUUCGCCAAAGUGAAUCAACCGAAUCGGCCUGAGCCGGUACAGCUCGUUGUGUUCAACGCGCGAAUGCGCAGCUUCAGAACUGUGACGCUCGUUCCGGCUGCCCUUCUGCCGCCUGCGUCGCGCGCAAAUCGCGCGGUGUCUUCGUCUAUUUUCUCUCUCGGUCUCUCCGUCUCCUUCGCGGACGUCUCCAACGUCAUGAGCGAGGGCGUUCGCGUCCUUGCCGUCGCGCCGAACUCGCCCGCGGCGCACGCGGGUCUCGUCGCCACGCAGGACUGGAUUCUUGCAGACAACCAGGGCGUCUUUCGGGACUUGGACGACCUGGUGGAGAGCGUCUCGGCCUCGCUGAAGCGGCACAUGCAGAUUUUCGUCUUCAACGCAGCCUCCGAGACGAUUCGCGAGGUCUUCAUCGUUCCCAACAACGACUGGGGCGGCGAGGGAAGUCUGGGCUGCGAGCUGGGCAGUGGGUAUCUCCAUCGCCUGCCUUUCUCUCGGCGCGCCCUGGCGGGCGUGACAACUUCCGAGUCUCACGCAGAUUUGACGGCCUCGCCUUCGCCUCGCGCGUCCUGUCCGUCCGCGGACCCCCGGGUCUGCUCGCCUGCUCGCCCAUCGUCUCCGGGCGCGGUCGAAGGCGAAGAGCCCGCGGCUCCAGUGUCUCCUUGCGGGCCAGAGCGCCCAACUAGCCAGAGGGACGCAAAGGAAGGGGCCUCCGCAGGGCCGCAGGGCGAGCGAGACGCGGAGCGGGCGUGCGCCGCAGUGCGGAAGAAAGAAAGAGACGACUGCUUGCUUCUCAAAGAGGCGAGCGAACAGGAUGGCAGAGUUUCGCGCGACGGCAAGGAGGAGGUCUACAUCCUCGACAGCGAUGGCGCGCCCGUUCUCCUCACUGAGGGCGUCGAGUUCAACGACGCGUAUCCUCCCUACGCGCAUGCGUUCGACGACGGCGAAGACGAGGUGUGGGACCUCGUGUGUCCGUACCGCGACGAGGGCGACGAGUUCGGGGCCGCCGGCGCGGACUUUGCGUGUCGCCCCUCGGCCUCCUCCCUGCAGCCCAGCGGCUACUUCCUCUAUCCCGUCACAAACUCGCCGCUUAAAGAAACAUCAUUCCCCCUCUGCGACGACAGAGACGGGUACGCUGCGCACAACGGUCGCUCUGCUGUCGCGGGCUCGAGUGUGCCGUUCCCCUUCGCCCUCGCGAACGCUCAAGGGAGGAGCAGAGGCCGCCGAGACUCGGACUUUGACGAGACUUCGUCAUACUUCGCCUACGACUUGCCGUACGCCGCUGCAAUGGCGCGCCACACGUCGGCGGUGUUUACAGGGCCUCCUCAGGCGGGCGAAGUUGUGUCGAGUUCCUCGCUUCACUAG